AUGUCGUCCAAGCCACAAAUUGGCUUCUGCGGCCUAGGAGCCAUGGGCAUGGGCAUGGCCACACACCUCGUCAAGCAAGGCUACCCCGUCACCGGCUUCGACGUGUACCCACCUUCCCUCGAGAGAUUCGCAAAAGCCGGCGGCACACCCUCUUCUUCGCUCUCCGCAUCCGCAAAAGACAAGCCCUUCUACAUCGUCAUGGUCGCCUCGGCCGCACAAGCCCAGCCUGCGCUCUUCGACGCCGACGGCAUCGUGAAUGCGCUGCCCCAAGGCGCAACGCUGCUGCUGUGCUCCACAGUGCCCAGUGCGUACGCGCAGGCGGUCGAGAAGCAGCUGGUGGAGAUCGGGCGGUCGGAUAUCUCGUUUAUCGAUGCACCGGUGUCUGGAGGCGCGAUUAGAGCGGCAGAUGGCACACUGUCAAUCAUGGCGGGUGCGUCUGCUGCGUCGUUUGAAAAGGGACAGUUUUUGCUCGAGGAAAUGAGUGCGCCGUCUAAACUCUUCAUUGUGAAUGGAGGCGUUGGCGCGGGAAGUAAUAUGAAGAUGGUGCAUCAGGUGCUUGCUGCGAUUCAGAUCUUAUCGCUGAACGAGGCGUAUGGGUUUGCGGCCCGGAUGGGAGUUAAUGGGCAGGAGUUGUAUGAUGAGGUUGUGGGCAAGAAGGAUGCGAAGGCGUGGAGUUGGAUGUUUGAGAAUAGGAGUCAGAGGACGCUCAAGGAGGAUUAUUUUCCGGGAGCGAGUGCUGUGACGAUUAUUCUCAAGGAUACGGGCAUCAUCACCUCAUCAGCGCGCGCCGCAGCAUUCCCCACAACCCUCUGCUCCGUCGCAGAACAAGUCUACUUCUCCGCCCUCGACCGUGGCUGGGGCGCAAACGACGACGCGGGUCUCGUCCGCUUCUGGACUUCCGAUCCCGUAACUUCCAUCAAAUCUACCCUUUCACCCGAGGAGAAAGCCCAAAAACUAGAACACGCAGUGAACCUCCUAACAGGCAUCCAUCUCGUUGCCGCAGCCGAAGCCAUUUCCCUCGCCAAACACGUCGGUAUCCCACUACCGCAGUUUUAUACUCUCGUAUGUGAUGCCGCAGGUGGCAGCACAAUAUUCAAGGAAGCGGGACAGAAGAUGAUUGAGAUUUUAGAGGGUAAGGAGGAUGGAAAUGGAAGCGUACUAGGAGGUUAUGUCGAGGUCUUGAAGUUGGCGAUCGAGGAGGCGCAGAGUAUCAAGUGCCCCGUGUAUCUUGGUUCUGCGGCGUUGAACAAGUUACUGGAGAGCGGGAAGGAAUUGAGUCUAAAGGGGCUGUUGGCGUGUUAUUUGAAGUAA